GUCACGGCUCGCGGUCACGACGACGUCGCGAUGCCUAAAGGCAAGGCCGCCAAAUCAGGAACAGGUGGUGAUGGCAAGACUUUUCGUCCAUACCAUUCCACAAAUGUUCCAAAGGAGGCUGAUUUGGAGAGGGCCUUCCACUCAGAUGGCGAUCAACCCAUUACGACCUUGAUGCUCAGGCACAUUCCCAACAAGUACUCCCAGUCGAGCUUGCUCAAGGAGAUCGAUUUCAAAGGAUUUCAGGGCAAGUAUGAUUUCUUUUAUAUGCCAAUGGAUGUCCAUAAUCGGACCAAUGUCGGAUAUGCAUUUAUCAACUUUGUUACCACGCGGGAUGCGAGAGACUUCUUCCUGAUGUUCUCCAACUAUCGGUUUGAAUUCCAUGCCAGUGGAAAAAUAGGAACGGUUGCACCUGGUCAUGUCCAGGGUUUGGAGAACAAUGUCUGCCACUUCGGACACCGGGCCGUUGCCACGGCGCAGAACGUGCAGUACCGACCUCUCGUCUUCCGCGAUGGGAAGCAAGUGGAUUUAAAAGCGGUAUUCCAAGGGCUACAGCAGAAGGGCUGCCAAGUUCCGGAAGUUUGGACGAAACCGCCACGUGCGGCAUAUGCAGCACCAAAGCUCGCGGCGCCAGGACCUUUGGACUGCGACUGGCAAGAGGCAGAAGGAUUUUGUACCAGUGAAGCAACUCCGGAUUUGCCUAGGAGUCUCAGUUCCAGUACUUCUGCCACUUCCACAGAUAAGAAGGAGACGAUGAUUUGUGUCGCAGAAGAGCGAGGCAGCGAAAAGCAGGGCCAAUCGGAAGGGCUUGGGCUGGCCAUGCCACGCAAGUAGUCUGAGACAUGGGAAAUUUGGGUUCCAACUGGACGCGUGAAGGUGUACCAUGGUCAUUG